AUGAAUCAACAAAUCCAAGAGCUUAAGGCUCACAACAAGAUAGUUGAUUCUCAAUUAGCUCAAGUGGCCGAAAAUUCAUCCUUAAACUCUUCUUCUAAACUACCCGGACAAUCAAACACAAACCCAUCUCACAACCUCAAACAACCCGACACAUGCAAGGCGAUCACCUUGAGAUCGGGUGUUUCUUAUGAAGGCCCAAAAGGGAGUGAGGAGGUAGAGAAAGAAAGGGAAGAUAAGAAGGGAGAUGAGGAGGUAAAUGUUGAGAAAGAAGUUGUAGACAAGAAGUCCAAGGGUAAGGACCCCAUUGACACUAGAAAAUAUGAGAAUCCGGUACCUUAUCCCGAGAGGGUUGCGGAGCAAAAAUUGAAUGACAAAUUUGCAAAAUUUCUUGAUGUGAUGAAAGGGUUACACAUUAACCUACCUUUCCUUGAAGUGGUAACGCAAAUGCCAUCUUAUGCGAAGUUCCUCAAAGAUAUCCUAUCGAACAAAAGGAAGCUCAAAGAUGAAUUUAUUACGCUUCCACAUCAAGUUAGUGCGCUUGUUCAACAUAAGAUGCCAAAGAAGCAAAGAGACCCCGGAAGUUUCACAUUGCCGGUCAAGAUUGGCAACUUGGAAGCCAAAGGAGCUCUAGCCGACCUUGGGGCUAGUGUUAGCCUAAUCCCAUUGUCCAUUGCUCAACAAUUGGAUAUCGAGAUGAUACCCACAAGAAAGACCAUUCAACUAGCCGACCGAUCGGUUAAGUUGCCUUGCGGAGAAAUUGAAGAUGUCCCCAUUCAAGUGGGACACAUUUAUGUACCUUGUGAUUUCGUUGUGAUGGAUAUGGAGGAGGAUGAGAACACUCCUUUGAUUCUUUGA